AUGGACAGGGUGAUAGUGGCCAGAGCAAGCCGGCUACGGGGCUUGGCCCAAAUGCGGCUGUGGAACGUGGUGGGUUCCGGUUGGUCCCUAUGGUCUGAAUCGGCUUCUCAUGGAACCAACUUUUCUCGAGCCCCUUGCACAUCCGCAGUUACACGAUCUCGGGGCGUGGGAGCGGACAGGUCGUUCCACUCAAGCCCUUCCCUAAUGGCGGAAUAUCGUGUGUCCUAUCGCAUCGCAGCGUCAGCUUCCGGAAAGGGGCACAAACUUUCACCUACAAAAAAUGUCAUAAAUUUUAAUCCUGGCAAGACGGACGCGAUUGGUUUACAUAAGGGGGUAACUGCUGCGGCCUGGAAGAGGUCUCGGUUUGAUAGUGGAGAGGAUGCGUUUUUCGUGAGCAAAAUCGACAAUGAAACCAAUUCUGUUGCUUUCGGUGUGGCAGACGGGGUGGGGGGGUGGGCUGAGUACGGCGUGGAUCCGGCGGAUUUCUCUCAUGCGUUGUGCAGCAACAUGGCCCAGGUAGCGUUGGAUUGGGAUAGAAAAUUCGAUAAAUUGAGGGCCAGGACCCUGAUGCAGGCGGGCUAUGAGAGAUGCAAAGCAGAUCAGACAAUUUUUGCGGGUGGAAGUACGGCUUGUGUUGGGGUUGCUCAUCAAGACGGCAAGGUGGAACUUGCAAACCUCGGAGAUUCAGGAUCCAUUGUUUGCCGUCUUGCAGCCAUUCAUCAUUAUUCAGUCCCUCAAACCCACAAUUUCAAUACCCCAUACCAGCUUACCUUAGUUCCGCCACUUAUGCGACUCCAAUCUUCAAUAUUCGGGGGACGUGUUUUCGAAGAUUUUCCUUACCACGCGAACGUAACCAAUUUGAAAAUGCAACAUGGUGACGUGCUUAUUCUCGCUACUGACGGGGUUCUGGACAAUUUAUUCAACCAGGACAUUCUAAAUAUCGUAACCAACCAAAUGAUAUCUACGGGUGCAUGGAAUGGCUCCUCAGACUCGGGAAUCAGUGUUUCUGCUGAACUUGAUAAACUUACACAUGUCGGAGGCCUUGUCCCAUCCUUAGAAAUCUCCCUGUCGCCAAACAACCAUAUUCCCAAUCGCCAAAUGCCCUAUGCUCAAGAACAACUUCAUACUCUGCAAAGUCUCCUUGCACUUUCAAUUGUUCGGCAGGCAAAAGUUGCCAGUGUGGAUCAUCACCGGGACGGGCCAUUUGCAAAACAGGCACAAAGAUAUCGUACCUUGGACAAAUUCCGAGGUGGCAAGGUAGACGACAUCUGUGUUGUUAUUGUUGUAGCUGUUGAGGAAGGGAGAGCUGGGCCUUAA